UUGAUUCGCUAACUGAAUGGAGGUGGAAAUAUCCUCGUCACAGCUUUUUGUUCCUCUUGAGAUGGAUACCAUGUAAACUACUGAAGGCUGAUUUAUAGAACGUUUGCCAGCUGUCAUUGAUUUUGUAAUGGUUAUCUUCAACAUUCACAGUUUUUUUUUUUUUAUUUAACUGAAGCUGUGUGGACUUUAAGACCAAUAUUAGGGUGACAAAUGGGGCUGAGUGAAAAUAGUGAUGCUGCUUUGUCAUCAUAUAUCAGAAUUAUUUAGAAUGUCUGCUGGUUUUAGUUUCUUUCAGCGCGCUGCCUCCUCCCACUUUCAGCACUUCUCUUUUCAGAGUCGCGCUGCGCUUUUACGCGCGGCUCUAGAGACGCAGUGAUCAGAGAUCAGAGCGCUAUGCAGAGCUUCAUUGUCUGAGGGAAUCCAGCCAGAGCUGGCACCGUUGCUGGAAAAUGAUCCUGCUGCUCGGUCUGCUUUGUAUUCUCUGGGGAGAACAGGGUCGGUGUCUGGAGGAGGAUGGAGGAGGUUUCGCCUUCGAUGGAGACAUCCGCCACUUUUCAGUGGCCAACAACACGGUUUAUAUCGCUACAGGGGAGAAGCUGUACCAGCUGAGCCACAACCUGACUCUGAUCCACAGUCUGACCCUGAGAGGAAUCUUGAUGCUCGGUAAAGAACCGAAGUAUGAUAAGUUUGACCGAGUCUCUGAGAAGACUUUCUGGAACGCAACUUUCAGCAUCAACUUAUUAUUACCAUUUGUUAAGAAUGGCGCUCAGAUCAUCUGCGGUGUGACUGACAAUGAGUGUGGUGGUUACUGCGAGGUUCUGGACCUGAAGAACAUCUCUAACCUUCUGUACAAAGAACACAUCCAGGUGGGGCCACUGAGACGGAACAGCCCGUUCGUCGGUAUUCUGGUGGAUGUCAAGAAGAAUCCAUCUCAGACAGAGACUUAUAUUCUGACCGCGAUGCAGCCCGAUAAGAGCAAGUGCUCUUCUGAUGCUGAGACCAUCAACCUUCAAAAUGCGGAUCACAAAGACCAGACAAGUGUAUUUUCUGUAACUGAUGGAUCAUCAGGCACACCUACGAUCAAAAAUAAAGGCGAUGUGGAGUUUGUGGACGGAUUUCAGAUCAGUUCGAUCAUCUAUCUGCUCUCCAACGUAAGAAGUGACGCUAACAUCAACAAAGUCCGUCUCAUUUGGCUUGAAGGCGAAAGAAGUAAAACCCAAACUCUCAAGUCUCUACGGGGAGCGACUCUCAGUGUCUCUGAUGAUGAAGGCAGCAGACUUCUGGCCUCCUCGGUCAUCCCAGGUGGACAGACGGUUCUUUGGAGCGGAGUGUUCAGUGUGGACGGAAAACAAAGCAACACUGAGCUGGUGGUGUUUGACAUCAGUCCUGAUCUCAGUUUAGACAACGAUAAGGAUCCAGACUUCCACUAUGUGGAUAGUCCCAACAAGAACCAGCCUAAGACUCUUAAACCAGAGGCAGUUCUCUUCAGGCAGCCCUACAUGACCUCUGUGCUGGCAGUGAGGCAGAAGACAUGGAUGGUUUUCUUCAUUGGUACAGGAGAUGGACAGCUCAUUAAGCUUGCUGUGGACAGGAACUAUCACCCUGCUUGUCCCACGGUGCUCUACAGGGCCAGUGACGACCGCCAAGUGUUUCCCAAAAUACAACUGGAUCCAGUGGAUCAGAAACAUGUCUACGUGCCAUUUAGAAACCAGAUGAAGCGUGUGUCUGUAUCAAAGUGCAGCACAUACACAAAUGUACAGGAGUGUUUGUCUACACAGGAUCCACACUGUGUCUGGUGUGGCUCUAAACAAAGGUGCACAUUUGAAGACGACUGCCAAGAUUCUGACUGGUUAUCUAUUCCUGAUGAUUCCACAGAGAAAAUUUCUCACAAAGUUCUAAAGAACCCCAGUGGAGAGAUCACACUAAAGAUCCAGACCCACCUAACUGUCAACUGGACAGAGGAUAACUUUGCCUGUGAAAUCUUUCUAUCAUCUGGAGAACGUUGUCCACAAAAUAGUCGUCCUUUGUUCCCACAUUGCACCUGCAACCUAUCCCAUGGCUCAAUUCCUGCUGACGGCCUGGAUGUCACUGUAAAGAUGAGACUUGGGAAGACGAACCUUUCAGAGCGUCUGAAGCUAACCAACUGCUCUGACAUCAGUGGACCUCCAACUUCUGUCUUGUGUCAGCAGUGUAUCAAGGCUGGAUGUGGAUGGAACAUAAACAGAUGUUCAUGGUCUAAUGAAGGACUGGAUAAUGACAGUGUUUGUCAAAAGUUGGAGCCUGGGAUGAACUUUUCUAAGCCAGAAAUCUCCUCCAUCUCUCCCAGUGUUGUGUCUUUCUACGGUAGAAACCAUGCCUUGUUGUCAGGUCAGAACCUCAUUAAUGUGACCAGAGUGAGGAUCCAGACAGACCUGGACUGUUCUCCACAAGAAUCUCCUGUAUGGAACAAGACUGGUGUGAAUCUGACGUUCCACAUUCCCACUACAGAAAAGAAAGGUUUCGUCAAAGCAUGCGUUCUACUGCCAGAUGGCAGUUGCCACGGCAACGCUAUAAUCACCUAUCAAUCAACACCAUCCUGCACCGACAUUGUACCAAGCAGCACCUGGGCCAGUGGGAAGAGGAAGGUCAAUCUUACAGGGACCCACCUGGAGUUUGUGGAAGGAAUCACACACAGCCACGGCCAGACGGAACAACUUCCCACAAACACCAGCAGUCAGGUUUUAUCCUAUGACACACCUGCAGCUUUAAACCCUCAGACGACUUCUAACAGCACUGUGUAUUUGAAAGUAGCCAAUCAAUCCUUGGCCUGCUCCACAAAAAUAACCUACUAUCCAGACCCUGUGUUCACCACCUUCUCAUUCACAAGGACGGGGGACGGUUUCCGUGUCACCAUACAGAAAAAAGCAGAUGAACUGGAGAUGAAACCGUCAGAACUGUUAGUGUCUGGUGUUCAAGAUGGAAAGAAAUAUCCUUGCUUCAUGGAAGAGAUAGAGACCAACAACGAGACUGACUUUUUCACCUGUGACAUGAAAGACAUGAAAGACAUGAAAUUGACGCAUAUAGAGUAUUUACAGGUCAAAUAUGGAAGCCAAACAGUACAACUGUUUCAGCCCUCAUACCAUUGGUUGCUGUUCUUCCUUCUGCUGAUACCCUGUGUAAUUGUUGGGGCAGUAAUGAUCUAUCGAAGCAAACAGAAGCAGCUCACUGAUAAAAUGAACAGAAUUAUGGAAGAUCUGGAGCUCAAUAUCAGAAAUGACAUCAGACAAGGGUUUGUUGAUUUGCAGACAGAGAAAGCUGACCUAAUUGAAAAUGUAGGAGCUAUUCCUUUCUUGGACUACAAACACUUUGCUGCCAGAAUCUUUUUUCCUGAGGGCGAAACUUUGAUGUCGCUGUGCGUUAAGGACAUGGGGCAGGAUGUGGUGAAGAUUCGGCUUGAUGAGUGUUGCCAGGGUUUGUCCAAUCUGAUCCAGGACCAGCUCUUCCUCACUUCCAUGGUACACGCUCUGGAGGAGCAGAAGAGCUUCACCAUCAAAGACAAGUGUGCAUUGGCAUCUCUACUCACUGUCGCACUUCACAGCAACUUGUCGUACCUGACAGAGGUGAUGGAGGUUCUGCUGAAGGAUCUUAUACAAAAGAACAGCAACACUCAGCCCAAACUGCUGCUGAGACGCACAGAGUCCACUGUGGAGAAGCUGCUGACCAACUGGAUGUCCAUCUGCCUCUACGGCUUCCUUCGGGAAAGUGUUGGCCAGCACCUGUUCCUGAUGGUGAGCGCUCUUGCGCAGCAGAUUGCCAAAGGGCCUGUGGAUUGUGUCACUGAAAAGGCUCUGUACACGCUCAAUGAGGACUGGCUACUGUGGCAGACUCAGGACUUCAGCUCCCUGAAGCUGAAGGUGCUGUUUGCGGUGGGUAAUGAUGGGGAGUUGAGUGAACCUCUGGAGGUCAGUGCCCUCAGCUGCGACACAGUGGAGCAGGUCAAAGAGAAAAUCCUGUCCACCUUCAGGACAAAGUUCGGUUUCGCCUACAAUAUCCCACUGAGGGACAUUUGCAUUGAACAUGACAGGAACGGAUCUUUUGUUCCUCUUCAGGAGGUGGAUGCCAGCUCCGAGAUUAUUGGGGAAGUGACAAUGCUCAACACACUCAAGCACUACAAGGUCGAUGAUGGAGCCACCAUCAAAGUGCUCUCCAGGAACAGUCAUCCUCCUCUGACCGCGCAGAAAAGUGUGAAGGAUGAUCAGGACUUCUCUAGAAAAUACUUCCAUUUGAUUGAUCCUGAUGUGGUUGAGCACCAAAAAACAAACCCAGAGAAGAAGAAGUUAAACCUGAAGGAAGUUCACCUUACCAAGCUGCUGUCCACCAAGGUGGCGGUGCAUUCAUUUGUGGAGAAUCUCUUCAGGGCUAUCUGGGGGGGCAGCAGACCUCCACCUCCUGUCAAAUACUUCUUCGACUUCUUGGACACUCAGGCAAACAACAUGAAGAUAGCGGACCCAGAUGUCCUUCACAUCUGGAAGACCAACAGUUUGCCUCUGCGCUUUUGGGUCAACAUCCUGAAAAACCCUCAGUUUGUUUUCGACAUAGAGAAGACGCCGCAUAUGGACGGCUGCUUGUCUGUCAUCGCUCAGGCCUUCAUGGACUCCUUUUCCCUUAGUGACACCCAGCUAGGGAAGUAUGCACCAACCAACAAGCUCCUUUAUGCCAAAGACAUUCCCAAGUUCAAACAAGAAGUGAAGGCCUACUACAAACAGAUCAGAGACCAGUUGGCACUCAAAGACACAGAAUUCCAGGACUUCCUACAGGAAGAGUCAAAGAAACACGAGAACGAGUUUAAUGAAGCUGAAGCUCUAAAAGAGCUCUUCAAAUUUAUACAGCGCUACUUCGCAGAGAUCCAAGAGAAGCUGGUCCAGAACGGAGCCCCUGCUGAGCUGAUGGAGCAGCUACAGCACGUUAAAAACUCUUUUGAUGGACUAAAAAGCUGCUCAUGGAGCUGAGACGUCUGUCAGCCGUAUGUAUGCGAGCAGUCCAGAGGACUGAUGAGACUUUUGGACAGCAGGUGCAUUCUCCUGCUACUAACGCAGAGCUCAGGUACUCGUUGUAUUUUAGAGGAGCAGCUAAGCAUGCGGACGACGGGGAGUAGAAUUCUGCGAUAAUGAAAUGUCGUCUCAGACUUGUCCUGUCCUCACGAAACAAAGUCUGCUGGAAACUCUGAAUGUAAACCGUUUACUUUGGAAGAGCCAAAAGUGAUGAGCUGUCAGAGCAUUGUGUAACAAGAUAAUUUUCCUGGAAACCCUUUUAAAUAUGAAAGACUGUACCACGGAAAACAGCUACACACAUUAAUUCAAUAAGCCGCAUUACCAUGUGACCAUGUUAGGAUCGCAAGUCAGCAUCUCAAAUAUAGACACACACACACACACACACACAAAAUCAAAACUAACAGAAAUGUCAGGAGAUGUGAAGCAUUAUAUUUCAAAACUGUUCACAUCAAACUCAGCAAGUAUAAACGAUUGUGCAAUUUA